UAACAACUCAACUUCCGUCAAAGUGCUCUGCUUGGCCAGUGCCUCUUCAUCUCAAAAUGAGUCCAAAAAAAAAUCCAGCCAAGAGACAAAAGAAAUUGAAUGUUGGUCAUCUAGAGUCUGGGUCUAUUUCUGGUCCACAUCUACGAUCAAAUUCAGGCUCUUCAGAUGUGAAGGAAAUUGUCUGCGGUUUUUGCCAGUCAUCUAAGCUUUCAAUGGCUACGGGACCAAUGCUGCAUUAUGCUAAUGGAAAGCCAGUUCAAUCAUCCAACAUAUUUGAUUCCAAUGUCAUACAUGUUCAUAAGAAAUGUGUUGAUUGGGCACCACGAGUAUAUUAUGCUGGUGAAAAUAUUAUAAACUUGGAGAAAGAACUGGAGAGGAGUGGACAGCUUGAGUGCAGCGGCUGUAGGCUUAAGGGAGCUGCACUUGGCUGCUACAUGAAGCACUGCCGGAAAAGUUUUCACGUACUUUGUGCCAUGAAAAUCUUACAUUGUCGUUGGGACUUUGAAAAUUUUUUGAUGUUUUGUCCUAGUCAUAGUUCACUCAAGUUCCCGAGUGAAAAGUCUCAGUUUGGGGAGAAAAGCAGUAAAAACAAUUCCAAGUCGACUCAAAUAAGCUUUGGAGCAUCCUCUCAAAAGGGAGUAACAGAAUGGGUUCUAUGUGGAUCUGCCCUAUCUACCAAAGAGAAGUUUCUUUUGGUCAAGUUUGGAGAAACAAUUUGUGUAAGUGUAUCUAAGUACUGGAACCCAAAUGUCACACAUGUAAUCACUGCCACAGAUGUGAAUGGUGCUUGCUGCAGAACAAUUAAAGUCCUCAUGGCCAUUUUGCACGGAGGAUGGAUUCUUAAGAUUGAUUGGGUAAAGGCAUGUAUGGAAGCUCUAUAUCUUGUUGAUGAAGAACCUUAUGAAGUUAGCCUUGACAAUUAUGGUUGUCGUGAUGGUCCAAAAACAGGCCGACUUAGGUCAUUGGAUAAUGCUCCAAAACUAUUCAAAGACUUGAUUUUUUACUUUAUCGGUGAUUUUGUGCCAACAUACAAAAUAGACCUUGUGGAUCUAAUCAGAGCAGCAGGAGGUUUUGUCCUGGCCUGCAAGAACAAGCUGGUGGCACAAGUCCAUGAUGGCAGGAUAGCUCCUUCAACAGCGCUGGUUGUUUACAACCUCGAGCCGCCUCAAGGGUCCAUGCUGAGGGAAGAUGACCCAGUCAUGCUGUGGAAACGAGAAGCAGAGGUUUUGGCUGCUAUGAUUGGUUCACAUGUGAUUAGUGAUCGAUGGAUUUUAGACUCAAUUGCUGCAUGCAGAUUGCAGCCCUUUACCCUUUGAUAAACGAGUCUGCAAUGUACAUGCUAAGUUGUUUCCAGAGGACAUUAGGAUAGUCUUUUUGCUUAAAAACAUUGCUAUUCAUGGUUUAGAUUAGCAGUAAUGGGGAAAAAUGAGCUGGUUUUUUGGCUCAGCCUGUUGUAUUUUGAUUGUUUAGACUCAGGGUUGAGUUUGUGUGAACAUUUGAUCCUAGACCUAUACAUAAUGUUGUUGUGGAGA